GAGUGACCUGAGCAGGGGCCACGUCCGCGUCUUGCCGCCGGCUGCCGGGCAGGGGCCAUGGGCCGCCCGUGCCCUGCGCCGCGGCUCCGCGCGCUAUUGCUGUUCCUCGCGCUGCUGCUGCCGCUCGCCUGCGCCUGGGACAGCGGCGACCUGGAGCUUUUCGACCUGGUGGAAGAGGUUCCGCAAAACUUCUACGGCUUCCUGGGGCUGCCGCAGGAUGCUUCAUCUGCAGACAUUAGGAAAGCAUAUCGCAAGCUUUCACUAACUUUACACCCAGACAAGAACAAGGAUGAAAAUGCAGAAACCCAGUUUAGACAAUUGGUGGCUAUCUAUGAGGUUUUAAAGGAUGAAGAGAGAAGGAAGAGGUAUGAUGAUAUUCUGAUCAAUGGACUACCAGAUUGGCGACAGCCUGUAUUCUACUACAGGCGGGUGAGAAAAAUGAGCAAUGCUGAGCUGGCAUUACUCUUGUUCAUUAUUCUCACAGUGGGUCAUUAUGCUGUGGUUUGGUCAAUCUACCUGGAAAAACAGCUGGAUGAACUGCUUAGCAAAAAAAAGAGAGAUAAGAAGAAAAAGACAGGAGGCAGGAGUACAGAUGAAGUAAAACUUGGGGCUGCUGACAAAAACGAAAGAUCAUUGGAAAAACCACAGUGGCGUGAUUUGCUUCCGUGCAAGCUGGGAAUUUGGUUCUGUCUUACUGUAAAAGCAUUACCUCAGCUGUUGCAGGAUGCCAGACAAUUAUAUGUAGAAUAUAAAGAAACAAAAAUGAAGGCGAGAGAAGAUGCCCUGGCUAAAGCUGAACUUGAAACACUUCUGAAGGAGAAGAAACCUAAAGUCAAGAAACCAAAGUCUGAAUUCCCUAUAUAUACUCCUUCAGAGUCCAAUGCAUAUAUACCAUCAUAUGAACAUGGCGCUUCUAUUGAAGAGAUUGAGGAACAGAUGGAUUAUUGGUUGGAGAAUAAGAACAGAACAUAUAAAAAAAAGGCACCUGAAUGGACAGAAGAGGACCUUAGCCAGCUGACAAGAAGUAUGGUUAAGUUCCCAGGGGGGACCCCAGGUCGAUGGGAAAAGAUUGCUCAUGAAUUGGGUCGAUCAGUGCCAGAUGUUACCAUGAAGACCAAGCAACUGAAGGAAUCUGUUACACAUACUCCAGGAAUUGUUAGACUCUCUGAGCUUAAAAACUUGGCCCAGAAUUCCAGAAAUGCCAAAAACAACAUGGAUUUACCAGACCAUAUAAUUACGCAGCGAGAAAUAGAUGAGGAGGAGAAAGAGGAGGAGGAGGAGAACUAUAAUCGUGACCCAGAACAGAUGGUUAUUCCAGCAGAUCACAGAGAGACCAUGACAAGCGAAACCAGAUACCGCAAGCGAAGAACAGCCAAAGCAUCUGAAAUAACUCCAGCAACGAUGAAAGAGGUGGCAGAAGAUAAAUGCAGGGGAAAGCGUCAGAGAGACUUUGACUACACAGAACAGGAUGAAUAUAGCGAUGAUGAGACCAGAAAAAAAGAGAAAAGCCACAAUUCCGAAGAAUUGUGGACUCAAAAUCAACAGAAACUUCUUGAACUAGCCUUACAGCAGUACCCAAAGGGAACAUCAGACCGCUGGGAUAAGAUAGCAAAAUGCGUCCCAGGAAAAAGUAAGGAAGAGUGUGUGGCAAGAUACAAGUUGCUUGUUGAACUGGUACAAAAGAAGAAAAUGGCUAAAAGCUGAAUCUUCUGAGCAAAAGAGUUUUAUUUCUAUUUUUCAGAAUGAGAUUAUAUUUUAAAUCUCAUAUGCAGAAGUUUGCAUUUUUGUACCACAGUAUUUCUAUGUCAUGUGCCUUAGUAAACGAAAAUAUCAAUAAAUUUUAUGCCAUCUUGCUUCACCA